GAAAACGACGAUAGGAACUACCGCUGCCGAAAGUGAGGGAGGCAUUGUGCAAGAAAGUGGACGAGCCCCCGAGCAACCAAGAAUACGACUGUUGGGCCUUUUGACCGGUAUCGGCUAUUCCCGAAGUCUACAGCCAAAUUUGGUGUGCCAGGCCCGGCAGACUGGCAGUGCUGACGGUCGCUCUGUCAAUUCAUCAUUCGACACUGUCGACACCGUCCACGACGCAGUUAUACGCUGCUGGGUCCCAGCCGGACCAGUUGACGCCCAUCGUCGACAAACUCACGAAUGGCACAGCGCUCUCUCCUUGCCUUGCUUUUCUUUGAUUUUCUUGCUUCCGCACACGGCCAAUCUAUCUCGACAUCAAUAACGGUCCCACCUCUUCAAUGGAUCAAUCUUACUAACCUCCUCCAGGGUUCUACACAGCCUCCGGCGCUCAAGGAUGCCUCUAUUGGAUAUGAUGAGACAAGCCGUAAUGUUAUUAUAUUUGGAGGAGAGUCUGAAGGUGGUUUUGCGCAGUCGCAGACUUAUCUCCUCAACCUUGAUUCUCUCUCUUGGUCUGUUCCAGAUCCGCCAGCAUCUCUGCAGAGCACACCCUCUGCCCGGAGUGCCGCCAUUGCUGGCUGUGACUUUGCUGCAAGCAAUCGCCAAGGUUUCGUAGUUGUGGGCGGUAAAGGCGAUAAUUCCAGUCCUCUGUCUGAUGUUUGGGAAUUCGACUUUACCAAUCAAUUCUGGGCUGAGGUUUCAGUGCCACAAGGAGGUCCGUCUGCGCGGUGGGGUGCUGCAGGAGGAAUAGAUAUUCGCACAAGUCCUGUUCAGGACCCCGUUGUUGCUGGUCCGAACAACACUGUUUAUCUCGCUGGCGGCACCAACGGUACUACGGUCAACUCUUUGUCAACUAUAUGGCGGUUGAAUAUCUCCGGCACGCUAUCCUCAAAUUUGCCAAAUGACAGUUCUGGCUAUUGGGACGAGGUUACGAUCGGAGACCUUCCCUCUCGGACCGGUACAGGAAAUGCCGUUCUAUAUCAGCAGAUUAUCGCUAUCGGUGGAUGUGACUCUGAUUCCGGUGAUGCUUCUUGCGUUAUGCAGGACUCCUACGUGAUAAAUGCACAGACACGUACAGAAAUAUCCCCGAGUGGAUGUCCUGCCCCUCGAACAAAUCCAGUCGUCGUCCCAAAUGUCAAUAGUGCUUCUACUAGCUUCUCCUCUCAGAUAUUUCUCCUUCUGGGAACUAUCGACGAAUCACUUUGGUCGGAUGAUGGUGGGCUUGAGAAAGGCGAAGUUGCAAUUUUGGACGUGAAUACAGGUUCCUGGAGCCGUAUUCUCCCAUCCGGUGACCCUGGGGACUCUGGGACGCAAGCUUUCCCUAGUCCCCGACAGGGCUCAUCUGCAUUUGCAUACUCCAAAGCUCUCGUGGGCGGGUCGCGGAGUAAUUCCUCUGAUACCAUUAUUUUCGGUGGCCAGGAUGCAUCUGGACAAUAUCUUUCUGACGUCUGGAUUCUAAGAGCAUACUCCGGAACGAUCACAUCUUCAAAUCUCCAAUGGUCUGGUUAUGGAACCGGAGCUCUAGAGACUGGCGUUAAUGCCAGCGGUGCGCAUGUCACUGUUGAGUAUAUGACCAAGUGUGCUUCUGCCCUGACUACGGUAUCCACCUCUAGCGGUAGCAGUAAACCAUCUUCCACUUCCACUUCCACUUCCACUGCUUCUUCAUCACCUUCCAGCUCCUUCGCCACGCCACCUCUCUACGACACGUCAUUCUACCACAAGCUGUUUGCCCCGUUAUCGCUGACGCUAUUUUUGCCGGCACUUCUGCUGUUCCGCACGUUCUCCUCCUCGUUUAACGGCGAUGAAAUACCGACGAAGGCAACGCUAUGGGUCUACCUGUCUGCUAUACUCACUGUGGCUUCUUACGGAACGGGUAUAGCGGCAAUAGCCCUGUCAUUCACGACAAUAUCCUCAGCCAGCGGUGUGACCAAGCGUGACUCAUCAUCUUCCAUCAACUUGAAGACAGUUCAUGGACAAGUAGGCCUGGCUUUUUUCAUCGGCCUCUACGGCUUGGUGCCCAUCUUGACAUUUAUUUCAGUCUAUCUGAGAAGACGGUCAGGAAGUUCUUCAAUCGAGACGGAGAUUGCAGUGGAGAAGGACCAAUACCGUGACCGCACAAACUCUGAAGACUCCGGGGAGAAAGCUGCUACCUCAUCGCGUGAUCCUAACACAAGCAUUACACAGAGUGCAUCCCGGCCGGGUUCACCUCGCCCACGGAGUCAAUCUCUCAACACCUCGAAUAUGAUGAAGAUCAGCAAUGAGGGUCGUCCCUCGAGUGAUAGCGACUCACUUGCAUCGGGGGGUCCUCAGCGUGGGUUUGAGGUUGUCAACCGACCGUCUCGUCGUCGCAAGCCCAGUGACAGCUGGUUAAACAUCCCCCAAGCAGAUGCAUCUCAGCAUGCUCAGCGAACUCUGGCUGGCAUAGAUUGGCUCCAGCGCAGACGAAGUUUGAACGCCGUAGAUGAACUUGACUACGCUAUCACACAAGUGAUACGAGCUCAACAAGCACCUUCAAAUGCAGGUGUUAACGAUAUACUCGUGCCAUCGGGACCUUCUCGAGCAGCGAAUUUUCCCCCAUUUGUUGAGACCACCUUGCACAUCCUUCUCCAUAUGUUCCUCCUAGGUUUAUGUAUCAUCGCUCUUAUUGCUCUGUGGUCCCGAGCACCACGAGCCACCUUUGCCGUUUUCUUAGCAUGGACUGCAUGUUUCUAUGCUGCUCUUAUUCUUUUUGCCUGGCAUGGCAGACCCAGACACUCUAUUCUUGCUGUGGUAUUCUCACGACUUCGAUCCCAAAGUUAUCACCCUGCCGUGAUUUCAGCGCCGCCGACGCCCAAUCCUCCAAACGGUGAGGGUUUUACGCUUCCCACCGACAGCCCAUACUUGCAUCAGCCAUCCUAUCGUCCCGUUGCCUCUGAUAUGCAUGAUGGAAUGUCAUAUACCCAGGUCCAUCGAAGUGUGGAUGCAGAUGAUGAUGAUGAUGACCAAGACGAAGAUGAAGACACCAGGCAGCAGCGGAUAGAAAACGAGAUAGGACGGCGCGAGGUGUCUAUUGUCACUGUCCCCAAGCGCAAGCUGUGGAUCACAAAUCCGUCCUGAUGUCGGGUCCUCCUGUGGUCUAGGGAUAAUGUUUAUAUCAAUACCAUUUCCUGAAUUAUAAUUACCAUCAUCAUAAAGAGAUACCACUCAUGAUCUGUUUUGUAGAUUGGGGAUAAUUACUACUGUAUUCAAGUGUAUGUACCUUUGGAAUGUGAACGACCCGAAAACAGACUGCGUACCAUAACGUAGCGUACGAAUACAUGUACAAGAUCCAAAGAAAUGUGUGCGCGAAAGAUUGGGAAGUCCGUGAAGAGUACAACUAAUAAAAAUGA